GUUAACCAAAUUUUGUAAUAAAGUAAAACGUAACAAGUAUUCCUUCAGACAAAAACCCUUGAGACACACAGGCUGUUUGCCGGCGUUUGGAGUUUUUUCACAAGCAAAACCCAGGGGGAUCACCCCCCCCCAUCGCAGCAAUGUCCAUCGCCACCUGCUUUUCCUCCCCUUCCUUCUCUCCUCUCCACAAGUCUAUCUCCAUCCCUAAAAUUUCCACCACUUUCCCUCUCCACCCCCGCAUUUCCUCCUUCUCCACCACCAACACCACCACCACUCUCCGCUACCGCCAACCUUCUCCGUUUUUAACCUUCUCCGCCCUUCCCGGUGGCAAUGGUGGAGAUAUCAACAACUCAGAUGGUGGCGGUGGAAACGAUGACAAUGGCAAAGGCAAUGGUGGUGGUCGUGGUGGUAGUGGUGGUGAGGAUGCGGGUGAUAAGAACAGGAAAGAAGCUAUGGUUGUGCUGGAGGAAGCAGGUAGAUCAAUGGAGAGUUUACCCAAGGACUUGGCGGCGGCGGUUCAAUCUGGGAGGAUUCCUGGGUCUGUUAUAGAGAGGUUCUUGGGGCUUGAAAAGUCGGGGUUCAUGCGGUGGUUGAUGCAGUUUGGUGGGUUUAAAGAGAGGCUUUUGGCUGAUGAUCUUUUCUUAGCUAAAGUCGCCAUGGAAUGUGGUGUUGGGAUCUUCACCAAGACUGCUGCAGAAUAUGAACGUCGCCGAGAAAACUUUUUCAAGGAGCUGGAAAUAGUUUUUGCAGAUGUGGUAAUGGCCAUAAUUGCAGAUUUCAUGCUUGUUUAUCUUCCUGCUCCAACUGUCUCUCUCCGGCCUCCUCUUGCUGUCAAUGCUGGAGCCAUUUCCAAGUUCUUCUAUAGCUGCCCUGAUAAUGCUUUUCAGGUUGCUCUCCCAUCCCCCAAUGCCAAAUUCUCCCAUCCUAAGAUUCAAUAUUGUAGAUCUCUAAGUUGGAAUCUCAACCAAGGUUACCGGUUGUUUCGGCCAAAUCACUCCAUUCCAGUAGUGAACCGGAGCAAUAACUUUAAGUUUUGCUAUUGUGUUGGUAACAACUAUAUUUGUGCAUACUGGUUGAUUUCGCCCGUGCCUGUUGGAGUACAGUGUAUCAAUCGGUACUAUCUUUUUUAUAUUAACGUUGGAUUUAUUGAAUAAUGAAUUGUUAUAUUCUUAGUAUUGGAUGAUUUUUCUUUUGUUUAAUAUAUGGAAUAAUCUCUUUUUUGCUUGUUUAUUUUAGAUUCAUUUAAUGAUAGAUUGUUUUUGUGAAAUUUAUUGAAGAAUAUUUUUAUAUAAAUUAAUGAUUUAUUUAAUCUAAUUAUUUGAUAUUUGUAAAUACUUUUUAUAUACAUAUCAGAUAUUUUUUUUAAAAUAGUAAUGUGUCUGAAACGGUACCUCAAAAUAGACUGAUAUCAAUACGUACCAAUGCCAGUGGAGAAACAGUAUGUUCCUUAGUCCUGUGCUGUCUUGAUCUCAACUCCCAAUGAACUAGGGUGUCAUUUUUGGUAGCAAAUGGUGAACGUCUGAUUUAUUUCAUAAAAACCAUUGAAAUGUAAAGUGUAAUAUUUAAGUCUAAGGUUUUGUUGGAGCAUUAGCUAUUGCUGACAGGUAGCUCAAAAUGGGAUGCUUUCAUUGCUUGUUUUGGUGUCGGUAAACAUUACGAUAAUGUAGCUAUUUGUAUUGUAGGUAGGAGGAAGGAAAACCUGCUCUUCUGUUAGUUACCUUUAGAGUAUUUGUCUAGCUAAAUAUCUGGCUACUAUAUUGACAAAAAAUUUAGCUUAUGAUGCUCUAAAUUUUCAUUUUUCUUGAAGAUAUGUUUGACAUGCAUGUCCGCACAUUUUCAGGCAUAGGUAUGAGAUAUUCAUGUAUGAGAUAUCUAACACUCACAGUCAAGUCAAAGUAACAUAGAAUUUAGGUAUUAGAUGAGAAGUUUUGUUGUUUGAAGUUCUGUUUAAUUCCAGAUGUGUACCCAUGAAACAAGCAUGUCUUGACAUACCUAUUCCAUGAUGCAUAAAUGCUGGGAACUGAUUGUGUUU